UUGCUACACGAUAGCCUCACAAAAAUGAAGUUCUCAUUCGCCUUUCUGGCGGUCCUGUUUGUGGCCAGGGCCCUGGAAAUCAGCGCAGUGCCAAUCCACAAUGAACAGCACAAAACAUUAGCUAGUGCCGGACUUUCUGCAGACUUGCAAGAUUUUUUGGCUCUUGUCCCCGUUAACAAAAUUCAAGAAAUCUUUUAUCAAUACUUGUCCGACGACGACGAUUUCGGAGCUGCACUCGACUACCUUCUGUCAGACGAGUUUCAAUCUCUGAUUAUAGACAUCGAAGCUGAGGCUGAAGUCAGAGAACUUCUCAAUUAUCUGGAAGAUGCUGGACUUACCGCCUACGAUUUCAUCAACAAAAUCAACGAUAUUCUUGGAAUCGACAGAAUCUCGCCGAAGGCUACCUUCAGAACCAUCACUGGAGGAUUGCCAGGUUUCAUCAAGGAUAUAAAAGCAGUUCUUCCCAUUGACAUGAUCGAAAAAUUGUACAAAGAAAAACUUGAAACAUCACCGGACUUUGCAGAGCUUGUAAAGCGGCUUUCAUCUCAGGAGUUCCAAGGACUUAUCAACAAGAUCAUGACUAAUCCCGAACUGCAAAACUUGAUGAAAAGGGCAGAAGCUAAAGGUGUUGAUGUGCAAGCAAUUCUCGACUUUUUCACCUCCGUUCUUGGACUGAAGUUUCCUUCAAGACCAGUGUUUUCUCUCACCAGAAGUCUGAAGGAUGAUCUCAACGAAUUCCUAGCUCUUAUUCCAGUUGAGAAGAUUAAAGACAUUUUCUUUAAAUACUUAACCGAAGAUGAAGAUUUCGCUGAAGCAGUUGACUAUCUUUUAUCUAACGAGUUUAAAUCACUCGUUGUCGAAAUUGAAUCACAGCCAGAAGUUUUAUCGAUCCUUAAAUAUUUGCAAGAAUCAGGACUUAACGCAUACGAAUUUGUGAAUAAAAUCAAUAGCAUCUUAGGAAUAGAUAACAUCACACCAAGAAGAUAUACAAGUGCUAAACGAAGCUUAGGUGGAUUGAAUGGCUUCUUUAAGGAUGUAGAGGCUGUUUUACCGCUCAAAGAAAUAGAAGAACUUUACGAAGAAAUGAUGGCAUCAUCUAAAGAAUUUUAUGCUCUUAUGAAAAAACUUUCAUCACCGCAAUUUCAAAAACUAGUCGACCAAAUUAUGACUAGUCCGAAAAUGCAAAACUUAAUAAGAAGGGCAGAAGCCAAAGGUGUCAACAUACAAUCUGUUUUCGAUUUUUUGACCAAUUUACUUGGACUUCACUUCCCAUCGCAACGUGUAUAUUCCCUUAAAAAGAACCUCAAGGAUGACCUCAACGACUUCUUGGCCCUCGUUCCAGUAGAGAGAAUCAAGGAGAUUUUCUACGACUACUUGGCCAAUGAUGAAGCAUUCGGUGAGGCUCUCGACUACGUUCUCUCCGAAGAAUUCCAGGGUCUCAUCAUUGAGAUCGAGGCUCAGAAGGAAGUCAAGCAGCUUCUCCAGUUCCUGCAAGAAUCUGGCCUACAGGCACACGAAUUCAUCAACAAGAUCAACGAUAUUCUUGGAAUCGAGCACAUCGUGCCAAGAAUCCACUACAACAGCAUCAGAAUCACUGGUGGACUUCCGGGAUUCAUUCAAGACAUCAAGGCGACGCUGCCCAUUGACCAGAUUAAAAAACUCUACGAUGACAAGCUCAAGUCUUCGUCAGACUUUGCAGCCCUCAUCAAGCGUUUAUCGUCCGACGAGUUCCAAGGACUCGUUGACAAGCUCUUGGACAAUGCUGAACUUCAAAACUUGAUCAAGCGUGCUGAGGCCAAGGGUGUUGAUGUGCAAGCCAUUUUCGAAUUUUUCUCUUCUCUUCUUGGGCUCAAGUUCCCAUCUCGUCCAGUGUUCUUCUUGACUCGUAACCUCAAGGAUGACCUCAACGACUUCUUGGCCCUCGUCCCAGUAGAGAGAAUCAAGGAGAUUUUCUACGACUACUUGGCCAAUGAUGAAGCAUUCGGUGAGGCUCUCGACUACGUUCUCUCCGAAGAAUUCCAGGGUCUCAUCAUUGAGAUCGAGGCUCAGAAGGAAGUCAAGCAGCUUCUCCAGUUCCUGCAAGAAUCUGGCCUACAGGCACACGAAUUCAUCAACAAGAUCAACGAUAUUCUUGGAAUCGAGCACAUCGUGCCAAGAAUCCACUACAACAGCAUCAGAAUCACUGGUGGACUUCCGGGAUUCAUUCAAGACAUCAAGGCGACGCUGCCCAUUGACCAGAUUAAAAAACUCUACGAUGACAAGCUCAAGUCUUCGUCAGACUUUGCAGCCCUCAUCAAGCGUUUAUCGUCCGACGAGUUCCAAGGACUCGUUGACAAGCUCUUGGACAAUGCUGAACUUCAAAACUUGAUCAAGCGUGCUGAGGCCAAGGGUGUUGAUGUGCAAGCCAUUUUCGAAUUUUUCUCUUCUCUUCUUGGGCUCAAGUUCCCAUCUCGUCCAGUGUUCUUCUUGACUCGUAACCUCAAGGAUGACCUCAACGACUUCUUGGCCCUCGUCCCAGUAGAGAGAAUCAAGGAGAUUUUCUACGACUACUUGGCCAAUGAUGAAGCAUUCGGUGAGGCUCUCGACUACGUUCUCUCCGAAGAAUUCCAGGGUCUCAUCAUUGAGAUCGAGGCUCAGAAGGAAGUCAAGCAGCUUCUCCAGUUCCUGCAAGAAUCUGGCCUACAGGCACACGAAUUCAUCAACAAGAUCAACGACAUUCUUGGAAUCGAGCACAUCGUGCCAAGAAUCCACUACAACAGCAUCAGAAUCACUGGUGGACUUCCGGGAUUCAUUCAAGACAUCAAGGCGACGCUGCCCAUUGACCAGAUUAAAAAACUCUACGAUGACAAGCUCAAGUCUUCAUCAGACUUUGCAGCCCUCAUCAAGCGUUUAUCGUCCGACGAGUUCCAAGGACUCGUUGACAAGCUCUUGGACAAUGCUGAACUUCAAAACUUGAUCAAGCGUGCUGAGGCCAAGGGUGUUGAUGUGCAAGCCAUUUUCGAAUUUUUCUCUUCUCUUCUUGGGCUCAAGUUCCCAUCUCGUCCAGUGUUCUUCUUGACUCGUAACCUCAAGGAUGACCUCAACGACUUCUUGGCCCUCGUCCCAGUAGAGAGAAUCAAGGAGAUUUUCUACGACUACUUGGCCAAUGAUGAAGCAUUCGGUGAGGCUCUCGACUACGUUCUCUCCGAAGAAUUCCAGGGUCUCAUCAUUGAGAUCGAGGCUCAGAAGGAAGUCAAGCAGCUUCUCCAGUUCCUGCAAGAAUCUGGCCUACAGGCACACGAAUUCAUCAACAAGAUCAACGAUAUUCUUGGAAUCGAGCACAUCGUGCCAAGAAUCCACUACAACAGCAUCAGAAUCACUGGUGGACUUCCGGGAUUCAUUCAAGACAUCAAGGCGACGCUGUCCAUUGACCAGAUUAAAAAACUCUACGAUGACAAGCUCAAGUCUUCGUCAGACUUUGCAGCCCUCAUCAAGCGUUUAUCGUCCGACGAGUUCCAAGGACUCGUUGACAAGCUCUUGGACAAUGCUGAACUACAAAACUUGAUCAAGCGUGCUGAGGCCAAGGGUGUUGAUGUGCAAGCCAUUUUCGAAUUUUUCUCUUCUCUUCUUGGGCUCAAGUUCCCAUCUCGUCCAGUGUUUUAUAAAGAUGAGGAAGCUAUUGAUGUAUUGCGUCAAAUUUGGGCAAAGGUACCAUUAGAUAAGAUUCUCGAUAUCGUCGUUGAUUAUUUAAUUGGAGAUGAAGACUUCAAAAAGGUUGUUAAAUUUAUGAUGGGUGAUGAGUUCAAGACAAUCUUGGUGGAAAUUGAAGAUCUCCCAGACGCAAGGUCUCUUUUGAAAUUUUUGCAUGAAACUGGUUUGGAUGUGUACAAGUGGAUCAAUGAUCUGCACGACCUUAUUGGAUUAGAUGUAGAACUACCCUCAUUCAACAACUACCAGGAUAUCACAGGAGGUGUUCCCGGAUUAAUAAAAGAUAUAAGAGCUUUAUUACCACUUAAAGAAUUGUAUAAAAUUUACGAUGAAAAACGUGAGACAUCUAUCAAAUUUCGGGAAUUUAUCAACCGGCUGCAACAUAAGGAACUACAGAAUGCCGUCAAUGCAUUGGGAAAACACGAUGGUUUUAACUUAAUGUUGAACAAAUUGGAAGCUUUAGGCGUCGACUGGGAUGCAGUUACCGAAAUCAUCAGUGCUAUUAUUGGAAUCAAGUUUCCAGAGCGACCUCAUUGAAUUAGUUCUGUAUACGAGGACUGCGCGAAUACUCAACUCAACUUUGUAAUAACAUAAGGUUCAUGUUAGACACUAGUUGUUAAAUAUAAGGAAUACAUUUUUACGUAUUACGCUAAUGCAUCAAAUAGAAUAAAAAUAAAUAUUUGUUUUUGUUAAAAAAAUUUCUUAUA